AUGGCUUUGAACAAUAAUCACAAUGACGAUGAGUCUUUGCACGAAGACGCUGCCUCCUUUACCCCCAAUGUGGACAUUGAAUUAGUCGCACCAGAGAAGAAUCUUCAAGAAUGGGACAACGACGAUGGCCUCGUCUAUGUCCAUCUCGGCGAUGCUUUGGACGAAGUUUCUGAAGACUCAGUGUCAACCGAUGUCGAAUCAGGUGAUGCCUCUUAUUAUUCAGACGACUAUUCGACUGAAGAAACCAACAAAUCAUUCGAACGGUCCAAUUCUAUUGCAACUAUUCUGUUUAAUACCCUUCGCGACAACAACGAGUCCAGCGUGGAUCCUCGUUUGGGACGUCGGGCUCGAGACUUUGCCUUUGCCCAGUCGGAGCGAUCCUUGCGUGGCGAAAAAAUAUCUGUCGGGGGAUUUCUCAGCCUGCUUGAUGCAGUGGUCAAUAUCAGGGCAGAUCUGCAGUGGGCUGAAGACGCUGCUUGGCGCCGUGAGAAUGGCAAGCCCUAUGUCAGCUGGGAAGACUACGAGCAUCAGAGAAAGCAGAACAGCUGGAAACGUCCAUAUUUGACCUAUGCGAUUAUGAUUGUCCAUUUCUGCGCUAUGAUCUACGUGUUUGCAUUGAGUGAUUGGAAACCCGAAUCAAUGAAGAGGAAUACGUGGUUUGGCCCAUCACGUGACAUAUUGGUCAAAGCUGGUGGUCUUGACGCUCUGGAUAUGGCCGAAAACGGAAACUAUUACCGUCUUGUAUCUGCAACCUUUCUUCACGGUGGGGUGAUUCACUACUUGUUUAAUGCACCUUGCAUUUAUUACUUUGCAAGUGCAAUUGAAAUGAAUCACGGCAUGGCUUGUCUGUCCCUUGUGUAUUUCCUUCCGUCAGUUGCUGCCUUUGUCUGGUCAGCACUGCUAAUCCCGGGCACCCCUACUCUCGGUGCUUCAGGAGGCAUUUUUGGCCUUAUUGGAGCAUGUGUCGCCGAUGUUAUCAUCAAUUGGAACCUAAUGUUCCUCGUCUUUAAAGAUCAUAUCGGCAUGUCGAAGUGUUGCUUGAAGCUCAAGGCUGCCGUUUGGUUAUUCCUUGACAUGGCCUUCCAAUUGGUUCUCGGGUUAUUGCCAUACGUUGACAACUUUGCCCAUUUGGGAGGCUUCAUCUAUGGCUUUCUUGCUGGUUUUGUUGUCAUGGAGCGACUGCCCCUCUCUUUCUUUGGAAAGGAAAACGGAUUCCGCAAGUGCCGGAGCUUCAUUUUCCGUUUCCUGGCGGCUGCCUUCUUGGCCUUUGCAAUUGCUUACUCGGGUGUGGAGCUCAGCCAGAGCGAUGGAAGAACUGUUCCAUUUCCAAGGAUUACCAGCAAUUUGAAUUGCGUCGAACUCCCCUUUUGGGAAGAAGACAAGAAGUGGUGGCGCUGCGAUCAAUGCGACGGGUUCCAAUUCCCACUUGAUGUUUUCGAAAUGGACGAAACCAACAUUUUCGAAAGGACGAUUGCAAAGGCUGAAUUCGGUUGCCCUGAUGGAUCCAGUGUCAUUGUAGACAUUUCGGACUUUGAAGUGAGUACUUUUGACGACUUACCCUACAGACCGAUGGUUGGAAUUUGCCGCAAGUUUUGCUACUAG